AUGGUACCACACAGUCUUGUCAUCCUCGCCAUCAAAGGUAAACUAUUAAUAUGUAACAGGCAAUAACAAAGCAGCUUCAGAUCAAAUUAAUUAUUCACUCAAUGCAACACACUCUACAACUCUAUUUUUUAAACUAGUAAAUCUGCAAAGGGAAUACAUUUUCUCGAUACCAGAUUAAAACAUUUAUGGAUGUUAAAAAAGAAAUAAAGAUAGCUCUUUAGCAAUUUUUUUAAAAAAACUGAAAAAACAGCAGUCUUUAAUGUUUACUUCCAACCAAUUCAUAGCACUAAACCUUUUAGUUAGGUAAUUUUAGAUUCUGGACUUAAUAGUCUCCAGACAAACACCCCCUUUCUUUAGAUGGCCAUGUGUGUUGAUUCACUUACUUCUAUUAAUUCCUUUAAUAGUGUGUGUGUGUGUGUGUGUGUGUGUGUGUGUGUGUUGAAACACUGCUUAAUACAAAGUGUUUGUUUUCUUUGUGGUAGUAAUCCAGGAAAGUGCUUCUAUGUUUAAUGAUUUUUGCCUGAAGCAAAACUCUAUGUAUAUUGAGAAAGUUUUGCUAAAAUGAAACAUUUGUAGGGAUUUUGAGGGAGGACAGAUGUCACUGAAGAAAAUUAGCAACAUUUACCCAGGGAAGGUCACAUACUCUUACGCUAUCCAGUCACGUUACUUAAUGCUAUUGGAAGUAAAUUUGGAGGCGUCUGUGCUAGCAGAAUAUGUGUAGAACAUUCCCUGGGAAAUUAAGGGAAAUCCAGCAACACAGGCGGAAUUUCUCAGGGGGUGGGGAGCUGCACACACCCCUACAAACAUCAAACCAACAUUACUUGUGAUUGCAUUCUAUAGGUAUGGCAUUGUUGCAAUUGGUAUGUGGAGAUGAUUUGAAAACCGCUUGCACAGUGAGUGUUCCAUCUAUUAGGCCUGACAUACAGCCCAGGUAUGGUGGGGUUCCAUGUCCCUAGACGGGAGGGAAGAAACUCUCCUUUCAAUGAAAGUAAUAUGCUGAGCUGCUCUUUAAGCUACAGCUGUGUGGAACAGCCUAGUGCUGUUGCUCAUAAUUAUAAUUACAGGACACUAUCCUAAAUGUCUGAAUUACGGAAUACUCUACUCAUUUCCAGGGUAGGAAGCACCAGCUUUUGUUUCUUCUGUUCCUUUCUUAUAUUUCUUAUAUUGCUUCAGACCCAUUCUUUUUCCUCACUUUCUUUUCUGUACACUCCUACCUUGAUAUACAAGAUGCAUUGUGCAACUUUUAUGACCCCAUGGACUUACACUGCUGAAUUGGCUUUUAAUAAUAAUAAGUCUGUUUCAGCUCUCUCUAUAUCCUUUUAUGGCUGUUUAUGCUGUUGUGUGUGGUGGACUGAAAACACUAAUAUGAUCUAUGCCAUUGAAGAUUUCAUAUAUACCAAGGGUUAGUUCUCACUGAAGUGAUAGAACUGUGUAUUAGACUGUAAAACUUCAGACUGAAGGUAAAGAAUAUUCUAAACAAACAAACCAGCUACACACAAGCCUUCUUCAGGCAUUAUCACCAAAGAAGGAACACAGGAAGACUGGGGUGUGGGAAGGGGGUCCCAUUUUGCCCCACCCUGCAGCCCAGUGGCUCCGUAUACGAUUACUGUGAACUUCUGCCUGGACCUUUCUCACUACAGAGAUUCACUGUAAUCAUGGAAAGAGCAGGUCCCCCAUCCCUGGGGGAGCAACAUGUAUAUCACUGAAGUCCCACUCUACUCAUGUUUCUUCUUCUUCUAAUAGUGCCUAAAGAAGGCUAAAAACAAACAAACAAGGGUUCUCAAUUGACCUGGCAUGCUAGGGUUAUGUUUUUAUUUUUUAAUGUGCAGUGAAUUUAUUCGGAAUAGAGGAGCCGAAACUACAGACUGCAAUGGUACAGGCCCAACACGUCUUUACUAUCUUGGUGAGAACUAGACUCAGCUUAAAACUAUUCAAGGUGUUUGUCUUCUGAAAUGUCCUAAGGCUUUUUAGAACAAUCUACAAUCUAUACGGGAAACAAUGCAAAGGAAGAUAUGUGUUUGCUAGGUUGCGCUCUGAUUCUCAUAUGCAUGUCCAUCGCAUAAUUCAUCAUUGUUUAAAGCACAAGUGCAAGUAGAUAAAUAGGUACCGCUCUGGCAGGAAGGUAAACGGCGUUUCCGUGCGCUGCUCUGGUUUCCCAGAAGCGGCUUAGUCCUGCUGGCCACAUGACCCGGAAACUGUCUGCGGACGAAUGCUGGCUCCCUCGGCCUAUAGAGCGAGAUGAGCACGCAACCCCAGAGUCAUCCAAGACUGGGCCUAACGGUCAGGGGUCCCUUUACCUUUUUAAAUAUGCAACAUUUGAUGGCUUGCAGCUGAAUGGGUAAACUGCCUCAAGACAUUUUGGGGCCUGAAGUCAAGGGAAGGAUGGAAUUUGAAUCAUACCUCAUUGCCGGUGAUAGGACAGCAUUGUGCUGCACCUGAAAGUAGCAGCGUCCCUGCCCGCAGGCUCAUAAAUUGAAAGGACACAAGGAGAAGGGGAUUCAGAAGGGAGAGGAAAACAAGCAACUCAAUUCUAAAUGUUACAAGGCUCUUAUAAUGACCACCUGGGAUGGAGAUUGACUACUCACUGUUGAAAAAACAGGCCUUGUUGUUCCUCUAAGAAAAAAACACUUGGUGAUCAGAACUUCCUGAAAGUGGUGGUAAUAUAGUUGGAAUGUGUGGUCUUCUCUGACCACCUGACCACCUGAAAGUGAAGGUGGCCUCCCACGCUCCCAGUAAGGCAAAUAAAUGCUACCUUAUCCAAGGGCUUUCUACAUGCUAAAUCACGGGCCUCAUCACAAUGAUGGCACCAUGCCCACACAUACCGUAUUUUUCACUCUAUAAGACGCACUUUUUCUCUCCUAAAAAGAAAGGGGAAAUGUGUGUGCAUCUUAUGGAGCGAAUGCAGGCGGGAGGCUCUGCUCAGCGCUCCCUUUAAAGAGCCGCACGGAGCGUGUGUGCGGCUCUUGGGGGCUUUUCCCCGAGGAGGGAGAAGGGACUGACAGGCUGCCCUUCUCCCUCCUCGGCUCCCUCCACAGGCUCGGCUCUUGCUCGCUUUUCCAGGAAGUGGGAAAGAGAUGAAGGGCAGCCUGUUGCUUUCGCUGAAGCCAGAACAGCAAGAGGGAUAGCCACACGAAGCCUCUUUAGCGCAGCGGGAGCGUUCCUCCCACUGUGCUGAAGAGGCUUUGCGUUGCGUUGGCCUCUUCAACAACAUUUGAUUCAGAAUAUUUUUUUUCUUGUUUUCCUCCUCUAAAAACUGGGUGCGUCUUAUGGUCGGGUGCGUCUUAUAGAGCGAAAAAUGUAUACUAGUAGACACCACCCUUUUGCAUAUGCAAACUGUAUUACAAUAGCUACUAGAGACAUAAAAUAUAAUUAUGCUAACAAUCACAGUGAAUGCUUUUUUAAAAAAUUCUCAGCGCGUAUACUUCUGUCCCAAAUCAUAUCCCACAAAUAUAGUUUCCUUUACUGCUUCUUGCUACUAUAAAAAUAGCUGCUAGCUUGUUGAAAUAUAUAAAUAUUUGGAUGACCUGCGAAGGGCACGCUUAUAUGUAUUGCCCUAGAGGCAUUCAUCUUGUAUUUCACACAAGUACUGCCUUUUUAAACAUCCCUUAUCAUUUUCUACUGCUAACAAAUGAGGUUCACUGACACAAAGUUGGCAAGGAAGGAGUGAGGAUAGAAAUGUCCAUGAUUCGGUGGUAGGGGUGAUUUCAAAGAUCUAUUUCUUCUGUCAGUACACACCACCAAUUGCAGUAAUUGAUGUUUCAGCCAUUACACCACCGGCUUUCACAGACAAUGUAGAUAAUUAACCAGGCUCCACUUUUGGAUGAUUAUUUCUAUCCUCCGAGGAACUUGACGGUAUAAUGGACAAAAUGUCAAGAAUAAUUAGGAAUAAUGAUAGUGGCAGAUAUGCUGCCAGACCUAAAAUAGGGUUUUGCCUUGUCUUGGGGCAGUGGGGAGCACGGCUCAGGGACAUGAGAAUUCAAUUCUGUGGUUUAUAUGUUCCUUGGGAGAUUGUUAACAUUUUUCAGAAAAUACAAAGUGGAAAUGAGAGUGCUCUUAACACAUCUCAAAAUAUGUUUGAAUGAAAUUAGUCAAACAGCUUAUGCAUGUCUUUAAAUUACUAAAAAUGUCCUGUGUUUUUUGUGGGUGUGUUUUACAAACUUCAGGACAAGCUACCUUAUUAAUAUAUUAUUUAUGCAGCACACAUGCACAUAGGUCAUCAGUAUGCAACCCUUUGCAUCAAAGUUUAAACCUUCCUUCUGUUCUGAAUCCAAGAAAAUAUUAUUUUGCUUUUAUGGAAUGCAAUAUAAUCUGUUUAUUCAGCCACCAUGCAAAAGUGACUGUGUUCCAUAGUUUAAAUAUCACUUGUAUUCUGCAGGUUGAAGGACAAGGGAAGAACAGUAAAGAUUCUUGGCCCUCUUCUGAUACUCCUGGUCCACUCACCCUUACUGGACCUCUGUAUUUGGGAGGUACCACUGCCCUAUCAUUGCUGUGUCUUGAAAGAUGCAUCACAACAGUUGCACAACAACUGUGCAACUUACCCCUUCACUGGUGAGCCAUUACAUUCUCUGACGUGCCAUAACAAAUUAUUGUUUCUCUGUUUGUAUAUGUUUUGAGACUGGCUUUGUAUGUCACCUUGUGAGGACACCUAUCCUGAAAAGUGGGAUAUAAAUACUUUAAUAAAUUAAAUACAAAACAAAUAGCUGUCAGGCCUCAUAUGGUAGCUGAACCAUGCUAGAAUGCUCUAUCUGCAGUCUGUCCAGAGGAUCAAAUCAAAGCAGUAUAAGCCAUGCUCUGGGCACCUGUGUGUGUAGGGUGAUUUUGGCCAGUGGCAGGGGCCCAAAAGAGCAGUCAGGAAGGUCCGAAAGAGCAGUCAGGAAGGUCCAUGACCUCUCUCAAGGUCUCGCAGGAUCUCACAAGGGGAAUGAAGGGUGAGAUCUUAAAGGGCCCUUUUGCCCACCCUUGGUGUUACGUUACAGCCACACUGGGCUAUUUGAGUUGCUGGUUGACAGAGCCAAAAAGGAUUUUGUUCUCCCAAGCUUAACUGGCCCCUUGGCUAGGGUUUUUUCACCUUUCCCUUAGGGACCUAAGGCCUACGUUUGUAAGGAGACGCUUGGGCUCAUGUAUACUAGUGGAAAUGGCAUUGGGAAGGAUCAGCAUAAUAAAGGUGCCGGGGGGGGGGGCGAGGAGAGAGAGAGAAAGAGAGAGAGAGAGAUUGGCCAUAGCAUGCCCUAAGGUCAGUUUGGGGCACAUGCAAAGCUGAAAUUUCUCACUCCUGUCACGUUUGAGGCCAAGGCUCAGCACUAGGUGACUCCCAUGGUGGCUGGUGGGUUUUUCUCUACUCUGAAGGAGAACUAAGGAUGGUUGGAAUGUGGAGUGAGAUCCCUGCCAUACUGCCAUGCCAACCACACUUUCUACUGCAGUCGAUAAAGAUUUGGCCAAUCCUGUAUCUUGCCUAGUUAUUUCAAUGCUGUCACAGAGUCCCAAAUUGUACCUGCCAGGGCAAUCUAUUAGCUACCCCAACCCUCAAAAAUAUAUCCUCAGAUGUUUUGCUGAGCAGCAACCUCUCAAGAGGGAUUACAGUAUUCAGUACGUUUAACUAUUGUAGCCUUAAUAAUUAUUUAUACCAGUGUACUAAGGUCAGUAGCUAGGCUGAGAGGUCUCCCCUGGUUCAUUUUAAAACAACAACAACAACAGCAGCAGCAGCAACAUAUUGUAUUGGCCAUCUUACAAUCUGCUUGCAGGGAGGACGAUUUUAGAGGCAAAUGAUAUAUGUGUGUUAAAAAGUCAACUAUUCUAUGUUCAAGGAUUCUUAUGUUACUCUGGUGUUACUCCAUUGACAAGGCUCUCUUUCAUUUGCUUGUUCUAAAAGUUCCUAAUUUUGCUGCUAUUGACAUAGCUCUUUCAAAUGCUCACCCAGAAACGAAGAGGAGGACUCUUUUCCCAGUUUUGAAGCAAUCAAGGUUCCAUACUUUUUUUCAUCAGUUGUUGCCCCUGAACCCAAGUACUUUGCAGCUGCAUCAGGUGAAUAUAGAUUUAGGCUUUAUGGGCACAGCACAAGUUUGUGAAGCUGAUGUUGCAGAGGUAAGAGGCUUUCACAAUACUUCUAUUUUCUUUUCUCAUUUGAAUAAUCUCACUCAUUGUUUUGAGAGCUUUUCUUUUUAAAAGACCCAUAAUCUCAUUUAGUGAUUAAUAACUAUCUCCUUGUCUUUAAAAAGAGUAUCAGCAGCUACCCAGAUGUUCCUGUUGGCUGUCUUAAUGAUUCACACAGUGCAUUGCAGGCUAAUGCUUCUAACUUGAUUUCUGUUAACAUCUUGAGGGCUGGCAGCCUUUUGUCAUAUCUUAAACAAGAAGGAAACCUAUGAACUGCUAGAGGGUUGGCAUCCUUUUCUUGUGUUCUAUCAGAAAAAAGUCUGUAUGGUAGUAUUCUUCCUACUGAGAAACACAAAACAUCAAACAUGUUGUCUCACAACUGCUGAGGAUAAUAGGGAAAUGGGUGGUUCAGUAAUCUCUAAAGAAAGAUACCAGUUCAAUAUUUGAUAGAAUUUUCUUUUAUUUCUGACCAUGUCACAUCUUCCUACCUCUCUAAUUAAUGCAUUUUACCUUCCUCAGAUCACCCCUCUGAUCUCUCACCUUGCUAUUUCUUCUUCUUCGCAAGGGACAAGGUAUUGUACUUGAACACACACUGGAGUGCUAGCCCUGGAAUCCAUUCAUUGCUGUGAACUUUCCUUUCCUGCACAAUUUAUCAAGCCCCAAAGUGGGCCUAGUGGUAAAUACACAGCAGCCAGCUGCAACAGCAACCUUACUAGGUCACUUUUUCUUCUCAUGACAUCACUGAGCUCCCAAUUUCUCUAUCCUUCAAGUGACAGACAGUGAAGUUGAGCAAGAACGGAGGAAUCACACUUAAAUGUUGUUUGAGACAGUAUGGGGCUGUUGUUUCAAUACUGGUCUAAGGGGCUUACUCACAUAAGUGCAUCACUUUAUUUUAUAAUUGCUUAAGGCGGUUGCCAACAACAAACACAUGCAUGCACAAUGCUUGGUUUUAUGAUGACUAAUUUUUUCAACAUGGGAUGGCUCACAGCAGAAUACGUGGGCCAGCCUAUUCGAAAUGUGCCCUUUCUGAGAGGAUACAAAAACUCAAAGUAGUGUUUUAUUAGAUGCAGAGGGGCAGAACACCUACAGCUCAUCAAAAUAGCUGCUACUUUACCAUCAGGAAGCCCCAGUGGUCAGCCUGCAACUCCUUUUGCCCCUCACAGCCACACGUGGACCCAGAUAACCAAAAUUCAGCCAGUGAUUCUGGUACUUGCAUAGAUAGGCCACUUCCUUACAAUUCUUUUCUUAUAUCAGGUGUGAUUUUGCCAUGCCAAAGCUUUUCAAAGUCACAGUGGCUGAUUUUCAAUGGUACAAUACCUUUCAGGAUUCAUUCUUGCCAUGCUCACUGGUGAGAAACACUUGUGCAAAGAACAUAAAUGCACAUCCAAAACAAUCAAGACAUGACACCUGAAGAGCAUUACAAUAAUCUUCCAGUAUAGUUUCAUAGUAUACAGAGGUCCCAUUAAAAUUGCUUUAUAUCAUCAGUAGUUCUUAUUACCAGUGGCAUAAACAUCCACACCUUUUUAAUUGUUACUUCUAAUUCCUGGGAAUGGUCUUGGCAACAAACCAUCUAAUUAUGACCUUUUAAAAAGUAUAGUUGAAUGGCUAUAUUGAUUAAGUGGGUGGCUUCUGAGUUAAUAUAACUAGAGGCUGACCUGGCUGAAACUCUGGUUGCUACAACUGCCAACAAAAAUGAUGCCUGUGGUGUGAGACCUGCUCCUCUAUCAGGCUUAAUUAGUCAAAGGCCCAAGAACAGUGGAUUAAGCAUGCAGUUGGUUGUUGCGCUUGACAUAAAACCCUUGGGAUGCAUGAUGCAAUACCUUCCAUAUUGAGAGAGGCAUAGAAAUUACCGUAUUUUUUGCUCUAUAAGACUCACUUUUUCCCUCCUAAAAAGUAAGGGGAAGUGUGUGUGCAUCUUAUGGAGUGAAUGCAGGCUGCGCAGCUAUCCCAGAAGCCAGAACAGCAAGAGGGAUUGCUGCUUUCACUGUGCAGCGAUCCCUCUUGCUGUUCUGGCUUCUGAGAUUCAGAAUAAAUUUUUUCUUGUUUUCCUCCUCCAAAAACUAGGUGCGUCUUGUGGUCUGGUGUGUCUUAUAGAGCGAAAAAUACGGUAUGUCUCUUUUUUUUAAAAAAAGGUGACCUGGAACAUGUGCUUCAGUGGUUUCAGCUCAUGAGUUUAGAAUAGGAACCAUGGGAUGAUUGGGAACCUUUAGGUUAUCAAUAGAAGACAUGCUUCCCACCAUUAAGAUCCUAGAUAUUCAGGCUGUAGCAUAUCCAGCUCGAGAUUUUAGGUGACAAGGCUUGUGAGGUUUUCGAUAUCUACAACCACUCAGAGGAGACAAUAAUGGGCUAAAUGAACCAGUGCCAUAAUGACCCUGUUCACAUGAAAAUCAUGCUUCACCUAUGGGCCUUGGCCUGCUGUCUUCACUGUGAAACUGCAUGCAUUCAGGAAAUAGCUUGAAAUGUGAACUAAGCUUGUUCAAUGUGAACAAGGGUCUCCCCUUGGUACCCUAGACAAACAGGAUAAAGCCAUAGGACUACUAAGUUGGAUGUAGAAUCAUGGAAUAAUUUAAUUGUAAAGUUGGAAGGCAACAUGAGGGUCAUUUAGUUCAAGCCCUUUCAAUGUAGGAAUGUUUUGCCCAACAUGGGGCUCAAACUCACAACCUUGAGAUUAAGAGUUUCAUGCUUUUCCAACUGAGCUAUGAUGCAUAUCAGGUUUUCUUCAUGCCAUUUGCUCAACACAUGGAGCAAACAUGAUCCCACUCACCCAGUCCAGUGUCCACAAAUUCCAAUGAAUGUGUGAAGAGUCAGGUGUAAGCAUUACUGGGGGCACCUGCCAAGGUCCACACACCAGCAGGGGUCUGGGAGAAGGAGCAAGCGAUGCAGCCACCUGUCCACUCACCUGACAUUUUCCUCUCGGCAGCAGUAGGGAGAGAGUUCAGAAGCAAGUUGAGAGUGAAUGGUGGGGGAGAGGAGGGGGACCCUGAGGAUACCCUGCUCAAAAACCUGCCAUCCCUCACUAUACCUCAGGCAGGUACUGUUGAAGACAACUAGUUUUAAAGCUGCUUCACAUGUUCAUUUACUGCAGGGGUAGGCAACCUAAGGCCCGUGGGCCAGAUGCAGCCCAACCGCCUUCUCAAUCCGGCCCACGGACAGUCCAGGAAUCAGCGUGUUUUUACAGGAGUAGAAUGUGUGCUUUUAUUUAAAAUGCACCUCUGGGUUAUUGUGGGGCAUAGGAAUUCAUUCAUUUCCCCCCCAAAAAAUAUAGUCUGGCCCACCACAUGGUCUGAGGGACGGUGGACCAGCCCACGGCUGAAAAAGGUUGCUGACCCCUGAUUUACUGCAGCUGUUAUAUUAGAGACCACCCUCCAGACCAUGUGAGCAAAAGCCACACACAGGAACAGAUGAAACUGCCUUAUAGCAAUUUAGACCUCUCCCCACCACCACCAAUACUGUCUUUUCUGACUAGUAGUGAUCCUUCUGUGCCUCAGAGGAAGAUCUGGAGGAAGAUCUCAGAAGAUCACUGGAGCUGCCAGAGAAUGAAGCUGGGACCGGCAUGGGCUUUGCCAUUGAGACCAUCCCUCCUCCCACCCCCUCUCCACAUGCCAACAAUUCUCAGACUGAGCAUUUAGAUUCUCCUUGAAGAAUAUAUGUGGGGUAGUACAGCGAUAUUCACAAGGUAAUACAGUUUCCCCCCCUUUUCUUUUGAGGAAUGAAGGAGCAGCUGGCUUGCACAAUGGUGUCAUUCAUUCUACACUUGCAUGGCUUGCAAUGUUUGUUCCAAGCGCUGAUUCAUAGACGUCAGCAUUGUUACAGAUCAAAGAACUUUGCUGGGAAGAGAAAAUAUUUAAUUUCUCACUUUCCUACAAAUUAAUCUGAAAAACCCUUGGCUAAUUAUUACUCUUCUCCUUUGACUUCGUCAUUCACAGGAAUAGCUGGAGAUGAUAAUUAG